AUGCCUCACGCCACAGAGAACGGCGAGGGUGUCGCCGACGACUUCGACUUUCAGAAUGUCUUGGCUCAGAUCAACGCACCGGAUGGGGGAAACUUUGAUUUUAUGGGACGUGACCUGGACACGGGUGACAAGGCCGACGAUGCUAUCGAUUUCGAAGACUUCGACGACGACGACCUCCCAGAUGAAGAAGACGGACCGGGCGCGUCUACUACUCAGAUACCAGAUAUACCAGAGAUAGGCUCUACCGAUGUAGGACAAGAUGACCUCUGGUCCGGCGACCUUUUCGGAGAUGACGAACCGGCUGCAGGAGACGCAGCUCGUGAUGAAGUCGAUGAUUUAUUCGGCGAUGGCCCGUCUUCUCCAGCCGCAGAAAACGUCGAUAUCACAGCCAAGGAUCCUUUCUUCGAACAAGGCGCCAUAACUGGUACGCUACCAGAUACAACACUGCCGCCUUUGGCCACUGGUCCUGACGAUGACGCCGAGAUGGAUCUCUUUGGGGAGGUGGAGGAGCCCAUGACAACCCUCGAAGAGACCAUGGAUCCAGCCACAUUCAAUGCAUGGAGGGAACAACAGGCUUUAUUCGCGCGAUCUGCUGCUGCCGCAGUCCCUGGUCCCGAUCAUAUUCCAGCUCCUCCAGAAAACGACGAGGAACUGCUCAAGUCACUGUGGCCCAAUUUCGACCGAGAUUCCUUUCCUCGAUUCGUCGAACUAUUCCGCCACAAGAAAGCUUAUUACUUGGGUAAACAGCCUUCAAAACCUCCUAAACCUGUCCUUCCUAGCAAGAUCCACUUGGAAUUCGGCGUAGACCAGGAACGGAUUUUCAGGACGGGCGGCCAGGGUACAAAACGUGCCUUCGACCUCGAAAACCAAAGCAUCUUAGCCAUACAGCAAACUGAUAGUUCCGAAACCGAGCCCGAAGAGAUUAUCGAAGCAGAAAUUGAUGAAAAUGAGGUUCUACCCGGCGGAGUCACAAUGCAGGACCUUCGUGUCUUAUGCACAGAUUGGGAUGUUAAGAGUGAUCUUUCUGAGAUGGAUCUGGAUGAUGAUCUUGACCAGCAAGAAGCACGAGUUGAAGCUAUUGAAGGAGACACUUGGUCCCUAGACAUGGAAGUGACCCGUCCUUCUAAGAAGCGCAAAAUGGGAAGAGACCCACGCGAGAUCUUGGAGCUUUCUCAUAUCGAUGUACCCAUCCUCGACGACCCCGCACGUCUGACUUCCCAGAUUGCGAAGAAAGUUGUGAUUGAUAUGAAUGAUCCUCGCUUAUUACUUGAUACCCGACCUGAGGCUGUGUCGCAGAAACCCAAGACUUUGCGUGGUACUACUGAACGUGACGAAAUGGAUGUUAACGCCACAAAGCGUCUGAAUCAACGUUACAACAUUUCCAAUGACGAUGCCUAUGACAUGCUUAAAGAGAAUCACCAGAACAAGAUUCGGAGUACUCUGGGAAGUGCCACUCUCGAACAUAGCAUGCCAGCUUUGCGUUUACAGUGGCCUUAUUACAAAACAGAACUCGCCACAGCAGAAGCUCGAUCCUUUCAUCGCCCAGCCAUAUCAUUCCGACCUAUGGUCAACUGUUGGUUCAAAAACCCCGCUGUUGUCAAGCGCAAACACAUUAAAGGGAAAGAUGCCAAAACCCUCUUUGAUUCCACAAAGGCUCUAUCUAUGGCAGAUAAUUCCACUAUGCUCUUGGUCGAAUAUUCAGAAGAGGCACCGAUGAGUCUGUCAAACUUUGGCAUGGCAAAUCGAUUAAUACACUACUACCGCCGAAAAAACGUUGACGAGUCAACUCGACCGAAGGCUGAAAUAGGUGAGACGAAUGUCUUGUUGCCGCAGGACAAGAGCCCUUUCUCCCUAUUUGGGCAUGUCGAACCAGGCGAAACAACCCCCGCUAUUUCAAACGCAAUGUAUCGCGCUCCUGUUUUCAAUCACAAGCCAAAGUCCACUGAUUUCCUAGUGGUGCGAGGUUCCACCCAGAAUGACGGAUCUAAUUACUACCUGAAGAACAUUGAAAAUCUUUAUGUUGCAGGACAGCAGCUUCCCGCAACAGACAUUCCUGGACCGCAUUCCCGAAAGGUCACAACGGUAGCGAAGAACAGACUCAAGAUGCUUACCUUCCGCCUGAUGAAGAAAGAGGGCAACAUGCAAGUAUCGAUCCACCAAGUCACAGCGCAUUUGCCGGGGUCUUCUGAUAUGCAAAAUCGUCAAAAGAUGAAAGACUUUGUUCACCACGACAAAGACACCAAAAUGUGGGUGCCGAUUGGGGUAAUUCCAGAUUCGGAAACAAUCAGAUCCUGGAUUCACCCGGAGGAUGUCUGCCUUUUGGAAUCCAUGCAGGUCGGACUGCAACACCUUCACGAUACUGGCCAUGCAAAUACCCAAGAAGAUGAGAAUGACGAUGCCGAUGUCGAAGGGGAGGGUAUGGUCAACUUUGAGCAACAAAUGGCGCCUUGGCGUGUUAGCCGUAACUUCAUGAUGGCAUCUCAAAGCAAAGCAAUGUUGAAAUUACACGGCGAGGGUGAUCCCACUGGACGAGGAGAAGCAUUCAGCUUCAUCAAGACGUCAAUGAAAGGCGGUUUCCAGCCCAUUGGCGAGAGUGCCCAAGAAAAGAUGGAAAAGCGAGAGCAAAAAGACUCUAGCGGCCAUAGCUACAACGUAGCUCAGCAGCAAAAGGCCUACGACGCUUCAAUUGCUCAUAUCUGGAAUCGCCAGAAAGCUAGCCUGUCCUCCAGUGCUGAGGUAACCCCCGACAUGGAAGGAAGCGACCACGAGCAAGAGGAGGAAGACGAUUUCAACAAACCCACACCCCGAGAAGCUGCAACCCCUUCCAUGCGCCGCGAUGAUGAGAGCAUGAGUCAGUUUAGCAGGAUGAGUAGUCGCAGCCAACGCGGUAAAGUCCUGAAGAUCGUUCGAGAUUUCAAGGACGAAAGUGGAAACAUCUACCAGAAAGAGCAGGUAAUCUGGGAUCCUCGCGUCAUCAGCAAGUAUGUGCAGCUGCGGCACCAGGUGGAAGCCGUCAACACACAACUUACGGAACUUCUACCGACCGGCGAUCCCGAAGUGGAUGCUCGUAACAGAAAACUGCUCGAGGCGGAAUUGACACGGUUGAACCGUAAUAAGGAGAGACGCUUUGCCCGCGAAAAGCAGAAAGGAGCAGGGCGAACUCCUGUUGGGGAUUCGGAAGAAACCGGCACUCCCUCAAAAGCUGGCGGAAGCACCACGCGAAAAUGUGCUAGCUGCGGCAUGGUUGGACAUAUAAAGACAAACAAGAAGUACAGUCUCCCCCUUCCCACUCUUUCUUCCUACACAUCCAGCAUACCUAUCUAG